UGCGACGGCUCGAAAGGACCGCGACCGAACACUCCGAACAGUGUUUGUUUUGAAACUAACGAAAGUUGGCGAGGGAGAGAGAGCGAGAUUUUUCGAAAUAGUGUUUUUCGGCGGGUGAACGCGCGUAUUUUUUUUUUUUUUAGCGCGGGAUUAACAAGGGAUUAUUAGACUUAAGUUGGUUUGUGGUAAGGGUCGAAGGGUGUUGGAAUAAGGGAUACAUCACCAAAGAAAAACGUGUGACAAACCCUCAUAUAUUCACGCACAUUCAAGGAUUACAGUAGGAAAAUGAAUCUCCAUCAACAGACUUGUAUAUUAUUAGCACUAAUGGCUAGUUGCUCUUUGGCCCUAUGUCCGACAAAAUGUUCCUGCUACUUAGACCUAAAAGGCCGCAAAACAGUUCUAUGCAAAGAAGGCGGCUAUAUCGGAGCCCUAAACCUCAACAACAUCAGCACAGAUACCCAAGUUAUAAAAAUAACAGCCCCUGACGAUAACAACAACAUGCUAACAAUGUCGCCAGCCUUCCAAGGCUACAAACAACUAGAAGAAAUUCACAUAACAAAAAGCAACAUCCCUCAAUUGGGCAAACUGUUUUUCUGGGGUUUGAAAAAGCUCGAUGUGCUUAAUUUGUCGCAGAACAACAUAACGCAACCGCUGGACCAUAAUUUCUUGGGCCUGGACAAGUUGAAGGAGCUUUACUUGGACGAUAAUCGAAUCCAGUCGUUGCCUAGCGGCACGUUUCGACACCUUCGUGAAUUAAAAGUGCUGUCGAUACAGAGGAACAGGAUUACGGAACAGGCGAGUCGGAUGUUUAUGGAAAUUGGAAAGUUGAAAGUGCUGAAGCUGAGCGGGAAUAAUUUGAUGGAGCUUAAUCCGGAAGUGUUCAGGGAUGUUCAGGAACUCCGCCAUUUGGAAUGCCGAGGUUGCGCUCUGAAAAAAUUCAGCAAAGACCUCUACCACCUGCUGCCCCAUUUGCAAUUCCUCGACAUCGGCGACAACGAAAUCAGAACCAUCCAUGCCGAUGAUCUAAGGAACCUGACCAACCUUAAAAACCUCAAAUUGGAUGGAAAUCGUAUAGCGGUUUUGCACGAUAAUACUUUCUGCAACCAACCUGCAUUGAAAAGACUGAGCCUGGGCAGAAAUGAGAUCACAAAAAUAACCUCUAAUGCUUUUGUGGAGCUUUACAACAUAACUGAGCUUGAUUUGAGUUAUAAUAAGCUGGAAAAGAUACAUGAAGGUGCAUUUGAGGUUAUCAGUGGCACUUUGGAGGUGCUGGAUUUGAGUGGCAACCAACUGAAAAUGCAUACGUUGAAGGAAAUAGCUUUUUUGGAUAAUUUAAAGGAGCUUAAACUAAGCAGCUGUGGUAUUAUGGAGGUUGAUAACAUCAAAAUGUUUCCUAAUAGGCUAGAGAGUUUAGAUUUGAGCAACAAUCAUAUAUCAAUAAUUAAUACCGAGUUUCUGCCUCUAGCUAGCUUACAUCGCUUAGAUAUUUCAGCUAAUAGAAUACGCGGUAUUGACGAAUUUAACUUGCAAAGACUUGACAAACUGAAAAGCUUAGGCCUUAACAAUAACCCUUGGUCUUGUGACCUUUGCUACAUAGUUCCUUUAUUGGAAAGGGCCAAUAGGAGUGGCACUUUUAGUGAUAUAAUAUGUCAAACUCCUUAUACUGUGAGAGGUAAAACUUUGGGAAUGCUACAAAAAGCUGAGCUAACCUGGUGCACGGCUGCCAGCUACAGUACAGGCGACGCUGACUUUUUCCUUAUAUCCAGCGACGGUAAAAUCGGCAUUAUAGCUGCCAGCAUGUCGGUGUGCCUACUAUUUUUAACGAUCCUAGCUAUAAUAGGAGCGCUGUGUUACUCGAGAAGGCACGCGGCAAGAUACUACACCCACGAGGAAAAGAUGGCUUACGAGGGCGAACAUAUUUUCGAUAACAAUCAAAGUCCGUUGUUUUGCGAUGGCGAGCUCAGUUUCAAAUUCCCGUUGGACGGCGAAAAGAAAAUGUCGAUAGCGACUAUCGAGGAUAUCAAAAAGGAACAUUCGAUUACUAACGGGACGUGAGCGGGUCUUGACGAGUUUUUUGUUGGAAUAAUGAAAUCGUUGUCUGGAAGUUUAAUGGAAUAUCGUUUAGAGAAUUUAUGUACCAAUUUUAUACGUUUUUGAUGUUUGGAAGAAUUUACUGGUGAUUGUUUUAUUUGAACUAAACUGCUGGACAAAUGAAACGGAACAACCGAAUGUUUAGGUUAGCUUUAAAUUCCAAUAUUACGCGAACUUAGGAAGAUAUCAAUGAGCGGUUUGGAAAAUUAUCUUUUAAAUUACGCAAAUCACUCAUUGAUUUUUUCUUUGGUUCGCGUAAUAAUGGAAUCCAAAGUUGAACUAAAAAUUAACUUGUUCCGUUUCAUUCGUCCAGCAGUUUAUUUUAGCUGAAAUUCAAUCUCAACUGAUCACUUCUUAUCAUUAAAUUGAAUUGAUAUUGAAGAGAAUUGAGCAUUACAGAAUCGUGAGACAAAGGCGAAAUCGUCUGUUCUUGUGUCCAGUCUUCACAGGUUUCAAGACGAGACUUUCUUCCCUCACUUUUGCACCUUCAUGUUAAGUUAUCAAUUGGAAGGCAGAGCUUUCAAAUAUUGUACUCACAAAUUGUCUUGAAUACAUCCUAACAUCACCUCCUUCUCUUUCAAAACUCGAACGUAAAGCUAGAGGCUCUGUGCAGUUUGUAUGAACCCAACCUGCACAAUUAUGCAACCACUAAUUGCGUUUGUACAAAUUGCACAAGCGGAUCUAAAACUUUCCCUCGAUAAAAUACAAAUUAGUGGUGACAAUUUUAAUGAUAAGUAAAUUAUAAAACAUUAAUAAACUUCAAACUUCCGUUUCAUUAUUCUCGAAAGAACAGGUAUAACCAAAAAAAUACUCUUGACUUGUUCCCCACUGAAAGUAUAGGGACCCUGAGAAAAAGUGUGAUAAAAAUUCAGUAGCGUUCUGAUAUUGAACAACGAUUUAUUUAUUUAUUGUGCGUGUGAAUGAUGUGUGUGCCAAUACGAACAAUAUUCGAAAUUAAUUAUUUAUUGUGUCAAAUGAAAAAAUAACAUUUUUUAUAUAAAUGUUUUUUCCAUUAUAUUGCAAAUUGUUUUUGUUAUGAUAUUUUAAUUAUUGUAUGGGGUGCUGAUAUUUUGUAUACAGAGCCCCUGGACCAUGUACCAAGUAUAUAAUUUAAAAUGUCUAUAUUUUGUAUUUCUUUUUAUUUGUGCGGAAAAAAAUCAUAUCAUUUUUGUAUAUAUUAUUAUUUCACUUUAUAUGUAUUAUAAAUAAGUAUUGUGUGUUCAGUAAGAUAUUUUUAAAUAGGUAUAUGAAUAAAGUAAAGUAAAUACAUAAAAACUAUGGAAAGAAAUUAAAAUUUAAAAACUAAUAAAUGCAAUUUUUUUUACCGUGUAUUUAGUUUCAGGAUAUUAUUAUCUUCAAUGUAUUUUUAUACUAUAAUUAUUAUUAUACAAUUCCAAAUUAAAUUAACAAUUUGUUGACAAAGCACCAAUGUGAAACAAUAUUUUAAAACUGUCUUACAAAGAUCAAUUAUAAAAGACUUAAUAAAUAAAAUAUUUAGGACUGAUUAUUUAAAUAUAACAUCGACCUAAUACAAAAUAGAACUGAGCAAUUAUUUUCGGUUUUUGAAACAUUUAUUAUCUGUACAUAAACACUUUUACUAAUUAUGUAUUUUGUAUUAUGUAUAUUUUUAGAUUCUGUUUUCGUGUCAAUAUAUUGAUUAUUAAUUUGUAUUUUCAUUUUACAAAAUACAAAAGUUAUUUAUGCAACAAUAAGUGUGUAAAGUGAACCUUUUUUCACGAAUCUGAAAUUUGACAAUCACAUGAGUGAAAAAAGGUGCUUUACGCACGUAUUGCAUACAAAAAUUUUUUUACUACCAAUCAAAUAUGUGUAAGAAAAUAGAUUUAGACAAAUACUUUACAAACUAGUGCGUGAAGUAUUUUCACUUUACGCACUAGUGCGUGAAGUAAUUUACCAGAAAAAUAAUACUAAGUUGACAGUGUCAACAUCUGUCAUUGACAUUACUUUACGCACUAGUGUGUAAGUUGAAUUACUUUACACACUAGUGCGUGAAGUGGAAUUUUACGUCUUCUGAAUAGUGCGUAAAGUGAGUACUUUACGCACGGUAGUAGAAAAAAUAAUUUAUGUUGUACAAAGUAUAUAAUAUUAUGUCAGAAUAAAUGUAUAUUGUUUUUAAUUUUUUUGUUUUAUUGUACUACUGAAUUUCACAGACUAAGCAUAUAGUCUAGUGAAAUACAAGUUUUGACAAGAAAAAAUUCCGG